AUGAGAAGACAAGCGGUCUCCCUCGCCAUAGCUGCAAUCGCAGCUCUCAUACCAGCCGUGGUUGCUGAGUGCCAGAAGAGGGACUAUGGCAAGGGCAGCGUCGUGUGCGUCUGCAACGCGACGUACUGCGACUUCGCUGGCGACGUCUCACUACCACCGAUCGGGUCUGCAUUUGCGUACGAGAGCACCAAGGACGGCCUACGCUUCGCCAAGACCACCAUACCUCUCAGCAGGGCGCCCACUCAGGAUACAAGUGCCAAUGACUCUCUCCUGCUCGUGCUGGACUCUUCGAAAAUGCACCAGACAGUGUACGGCUUCGGAGGUGCAUUCACCGAUGCCGCAGGGAUAAACGUGAAAUCUCUCCCGGAAAAGCUGCAAGACGACCUUAUCAAGUCCUACUAUGCAAAAAAAGGUCUUGCUUACAACAUGGGCAGGGUUCCUCUGGCGAGCACUGACUUUUCAGAGCGCAAAUACACUUACGACGACACCCCCGGUGACUUGGAGCUGACCAACUUUGCACUUGCUCGGGAAGACCUAGACCUUAAGAUCCCGUACAUAAAGAAGGCCACGUCCAUGGUAACUGGGCCCCUGUUGUUGAUCGGAAGCGCGUGGAGCAGUCCAGCCUGGAUGAAGACCUCCAACUCACUUGAAGGAGAAGGUGUUCUCAUAGGCGAACCAGGAAGUGCCUACUACAAGUCGUGGGCGAAGUAUUAUGCCAGGUUUUUGCAAGAAUACGGAAAUCAUGGCGUCCGCUUCUAUGGCCUGACUGCGCAGAACGAGCCAACGACAGGCUUCACGCCAGCCGUUAAAUGGCAGACCCUGGGCUUUACGGCGCAGUCUCAGAAGGACUUUAUCAAGCUUGACAUGGGACCAACGCUCACUGAGGCCGGCUAUGGCUCGAUUCAGCUUCUAAUCUUCGACGACAGUAACUCCAGUCUUUCCGAGUGGUCAAAUGUGGUUCUCAGUGAUCCGGAUGCAGCCAAGUAUGUAGCCGGAGUGGCCAUCCACAGCUACACGAACGAGUCCGUUGGUCCAACGGCUCUUGACCAAGUGCACGAAGGCUUCCCGAACAAGUUCAUCUUGAACACUCAAACAUGCGUUGGCUCGGAUGCUAAGCCAGAAGACAAGGUCUUAUUGGGCAGUUGGGAGCGCGCCGAAGAGUAUGCGAGCAACAUCAUUGAGGACUUCAACCACUGGGUUAACGGUUUUAUUGACUGGAACCUGGCUCUGAACACGGAAGGUGGCCCCAGCUGGGCUGGACAUUUCCUCGACUCGCCCAUUAUCGUGAACGCCACCGGCCAGGAGUUCUACAAGCAGCCGAUUUACUACGCAUUGGGUCAAUUCAGCAAAUUCCUUCCUAUGUCCACUGUGAGGGUUGAGUCACAUUUGGAGCAAGCACAUUUCCGAGACACGCCUGCGACGACGCUCCAGUACACAGCGUUCUUCACGUACGAUUCUGAAAUAGCGGUGAUCGUGCUCAACAAGUGA